AUGAUCAACUCGACUCGACCGAUCCUCAUUGGAGGCAGCGGGAGCCAGCGCGGCUCCCCCAUGACGCGAAGUCCCAACAGCGUGGCCAUGGUGUCGCACUCGCUGCCUGCAGACAUGCACCACGUCCAUCUGGCGCGCUUCAUGACGAGCACGAACGGCGCGAGAGCCAGUGGACUGCAGCCACCAAGAGCGCCAUUAGUGGGUUCGAUGCCGGAGCCUCAUUUCUUACAGUUAGAGAGCAUGCCGGACUUGGCACUGGGUCCACCUGCUGCGACAGUUGAAGAGCACUUUUUGCCGCCACGCGCACCUGCUGUAGUUCAGUUUGCUAGUUCAUGUCCAGGGAAUGUUGCAUUUCUGAGGAGUAACCCGACAAGAAGCUCGUGGACGCCGACACUAGCCCCACAUGCAGCUGAGCACGAUGAUUUUGAUCUGUCUAAGAGUCCUGCGCUUGCUGCAUUAAGAGAGAGGAUGCCGUCUGUUGGGCACGGAUGCGAUGACGAGAACGCACGGCAAGUAAGCAACGACGCAUCGUAUCGAUCAUCGGGCUCGCGAAUACAGUCUUCAAGACCUUACGCUGUGUCAGGUGAGUCGUCGAGCUAUGCAGUGAGUGCUGAAUUGUUUGAGCGACUCAGUAUUACGUCAGAAGAAGAUGAAGAGAAGGCAGAGGAUCGAGACGAGCACUACCGCAUGCCAAGGUAUAACUCGCAGAUAUCACCAGAAUUGAGGCAAAGGUCCGAGCGUCACGGGUCGUAUGGAAAUUUGUCGGAAACUGGUGACACCGGCAUCUUCGAAUUCGAUGACCAGUAA